CAAAUUAGAGCUCCCUGUAAAACACUCUUGCUUUGGCUUUCAAUUUUUCGAAUACUCAGAUUUCGAUACGAUGAGUUCUGCUGCCGCUGCUGCUACAACCACCAAGGGAGGCCGAGGCAAGCCCAAGGCCACCAAAUCGGUCUCCAGGUCACAGAAGGCGGGUCUCCAGUUCCCUGUCGGGAGAAUUGCCCGCUUCCUUAGGACCGGCAAAUACGCUGAGCGGCUCGGAUCUGGCUCGCCCGUUUACCUCUCUGCCGUUUUGGAGUACCUUGCUGCAGAGGUUUUGGAGUUGGCAGGGAAUGCUGCGAGGGAUAACAAGAAGAACCGAAUCGUGCCAAGGCAUAUUCAGCUGGCGGUGAGGAAUGAUGAGGAGUUGAGUAAAUUGUUGGGCGGUGUUACUAUCGCUAAUGGAGGCGUCUUGCCUAAUAUUCACCAAAAUUUGUUGCCGAAGAAGAUCGGGAAAGGAAAGGGCGAGAUUGGAUCGGCAUCACAAGAGUUCUAGGUUAAAUUAAAUUGUUCAUCUAGGGUUUUGGUACUUCCAGUUUCUGAUAUGUAAAUCUCAUUUUGUGUAACAACUGAAUGAAAUAUAUGGUCAGUUGAUAUAUUGACUAGAAUCAUAAUCAAAUUAUGAUUUCUUCCACAGUAA